AUGCAUUGUUGUACUUUCGACGGCUCGUCUGCUGACGCUACGGCCACCGAAAAGAUUCGACGCGCCACGCUCGAGAAGAUACAGCGCGACAAACUGGUGGACAUGCUCAAGACACUGGACGCACUGCAUGAUCUUCCUGAAAUUGACAUCAAUGACCUCGAAAAACUGUCGAUAAUACGCGGCCCAAUGCUCGACGUGGAUAACUGGGCGUCGUUGUUACCGAACGAGUUCCAUACCAGGUUCUUCAUGCCCUUUGACUGGCCGCAGGACUGGUUGGAAUAUGAAGCAUGGUCCACGUGCGAUUUCUGGAUGCGGAUGGAUCAUUUGGAUCUACACCAGACCUGCAAUUUGCAUUUUCAGAAGUGUCGAGCGAAAUGGCUGAGCGCACGCCUCUCUCAGCUGAACAACGUCGAUCCCGAAAUCUGGGACAUUUAUACGGCCUGGCUCGACGCUGUCCAAAGCGAAGAUGAUAUUGAACAAACCGUAAAGGACGGCCACCAGCGACUUCAUGUUGCCAACACCGACUAUCAGUCUGGCUCUACAAUUCGCCAGGCUGAAUUUCUGCACCUUCGAUCCUUUUGGGAAAUACAUGAUGGCGGCAUGGAUGAUUUCGAUCAUUUGAUGCGGGAUAACCCCAAAACAGGCUAUCAAGGGUAUAUAUCCGAGGAUAAUGACAAACGCGCUUCUCAAAUCCACGAGAACCGGACUAGUUACUUCCAACACUACUGCAAAGAACUGAAGGGAGCCAAAAAUGAUUUCGACGGCUUAACCCCACAUCCAGACAGCGGCAUUUGGGCUACUGUGCGUCUUUGGCAGACUCUUACCUACUGGCACACGAAAGAAAAGCCCGAUUCGGACACGGAGAAGCCAAAGUCCAACAUUCUCAAGAAAGGUCACAAGGCCAAAUUCGCCUUUUCCGGAGAAGAUUCUGCCACACAGCGGCUUCGGAACCUCCACAUAUCCACCCCUCCUCCAUCUUCGCGACGCCCCGAUCCAGUAUUUGGCACACCCGUCGCAGUUUCCUACCAGAUGGGGUUACAGUCGCAGGGCAAUCCCUCCUCGGUGGAUGAAAUAUAUGCCAAUGUCUCCUUGUUGCUCAUGUUGCAGGCAGCAAUUUCUGAGUCUAUUUCCUUCCUCGGGAAUUUGAACUGGGUUCCUCGGCGUCUGCCUCUCAAGCUCAAAGCGUCCGCUGGCGUAGGCACUUCGCGCGCCACCCAAGAAUUGAUGACGGCUCAAGUUGAUGGAUAUCUCUGUUGCCGAGACUCGAACCACAAUUUCUGCCCAAAUCCGCUCGCCAUUUGCGAAACAAAGCGAUACGUCCGGUCGAACAAGAUUGAAGACACACAGCGCCAGGAAACAGCGGAGAUGGCAUCUUGGAUCGCACAGUGCUGUGGCAGCACUGAUGGUCUUUUGCAGUCGUCUGCGAGCGGCAGAAAGAGGCGCCUCCUCAUAUCACAGGACAGGCACGAAGUGUACAUUAUCAUUGGAGAGUACGGGUCAGAGUAUGAGGAGUACAUUACCGGUCGGGCUUCACUCUUGGCCUGCGCGACGCAAGCCGGCGCCGGCGCUGACUUUGACGUGGAAGCUAAUGCCCGAGCGGCUGCCGGAUCAGGCGCGUACGUGAGCCAGUUGGAACGGGCCGGCAUAGAAACCGAGAGCUUGAAAUUGACUAAACUUCUCUCAAAGCCGCUGCCGCUGCCGCCCUCGUCAGGCCGCGUGACCCGGUCCCGUGCGCUGCGGGAACCAACACCGCCCAAGGAACUGCCUAGCGUUGACGGGUUCUUGGUGAUGCACCAGUUUGGCCCGUACAUCAUCAACCAGGAGGAUAACGUGACGCGGUUCGUGCGCCGCCUCAUCGCUCUAAUGCUCCAGCUUAAGAGCGGCAGCGGCAGUGCCGACGGCGACGCGAGAUUCACUUCGCAGCCACCGCCGGCGGAGUUUAUCGAGAAGCAGAUCCCACGUUCGUGGCCUCAACACGGGACUCAAGCCGGACCUCAAGAAUAA